CUUGAUGUUCAAGCAAGACCAACUUACCCCUUGAUAAGUGACCUCCAGACUGUCGAGCUCAGCGAUGAAUUCCUAGAGACUAUGUAUCUUCAUGGCCGAGUUUAUCAGCGGUAUGCCAUUGAGAAUGGUGCUUAUUUUGGACCCGUUGACGAGGAUGAAGUGGAACGCCUUUAUAUAAUGCAUCAAGUCUUCACCAUGCUCUUCGACAGGAGAUUAAUAUUUCCACCAAUACGAAGACCAAAAAGGAUCCUUGACUGUGGCUUUGGGACAGGUUCUUGGGCGAUCGAGGUAGCGGAUCAACAUCCCAACUGCGAGGUCGUCGGAGUGGACAUCAACCCGAUGAUGAUCCCCGAAACGCUCCCCAGGAACUUGAAUCUGCAGGUUGACGACUUGAAUGGGCCAUUCACAUUUGCUUCAGACUCGUUUGACCUCGUCCACAGUCGAAUGGUUGCUGGUGGGAUCCACGCAGACAGGUGGGAAGGGUAUAUGGAAGAUAUUUAUCGAGUACUGGUACCAGGAGGCUGGUGCCAGAUGGUUGAAAUGAGUUUCGUCUCGCAGUCUGACAAUGGGACUUUGACCGAAUACCACGCCCUCAGCCAAUGGUCGGAAAAGUACCGGCAGAGCCAGAGCCCCUACAAGGAUCCAGACGCGGCAAGUCAGCUGGCUACGCUAAUGAUGGGCGCGGGAUUUGUUGACGUGGAGGCGAGAGAUAUGCCACUACCGAUGAGCGCCUGGUCUAAUAACGCCAGGGAGCGCAGCAUAGGGGCCGCUAACCGAGACAAUGUGCACAAGCUCUUGGCGUCCCUGGCGACUUACCCCUUCGCACAGGGUCUGGGGAUGUCACUGAAGGAUAUCCACCUGCUUGUGGCACAGGCUCGGAAUGAAGCCGAAAAUCCGGCGUACAAGGCUUAUUUCCGACUGUAA